AUGAGGAAGAAAACCAUUGCUAAAAAGCCUCCUCGUGAAAAAAUCUUCAAGCCUCUCACAAAGCCCUCAACCCGCUCUCACGACCGAACCUUCACUCCAUCUCCUUCUCCUCCUACCUCUCCUCCUCGGUGUGAUCCCAUGGCACGAACCAAGAAUCCCUCUAGGGUUACUCCUUCCGCCAAGAAGACACCACAGACGAAAGAACCUCCAUCCAAGCCAGGGUCAUCGAAACCGAGUUCAUCCAAGGGGAAGCGACCAGCCACACCAGAACCUCCACCCGAGUCUACACAACCAAAGUCUAGGUCUGUUCCAUCACGUUCUCAAAGAGGUAAAACUCGAGUUCCUCUUAAGUCAGUUAAAGAACCAGACAUUGACCCUUUUGAUCACAAAGCUCACUUUUUGACUUCUCAUUCGAACUAUAACCCUUAUAGAUUCAAAUCUGCCAUGAACAAUGAUUUUUUUGAAGGGGUUAUCCAGUAUCGUACCCUAUGUCCCUCUUUUCUCGCUGAUUUGCCAUCUUUGAAAAGAAAAGUGAAACAGAACAAAGGACCCACUAGAUCUGAAAGAGUUGUCCUAGAUGAUGAAGAUGAUGAUUUUAUACCUGAGGAUUCUCCUGCUCCUUCCACUGAGGGUACUUCCAUCUCCACUGGAAAGAAAUCUGCUCUGCUGAAUAUGGUCAAGGAUGUCGCUCAAGAGUUUGUUUCCCAAUCAAAUCACUUGAUUGAAAUGAGCAAAGAACAAAGGAAACUGGCCAGCAAGCAUGAGAACUUCCUGAAGAAAUCAAGGGAUAGGGUGGCUGUUGAGAAAGAGGACUACGAUCAUUGUUCGAUGAAGAAGACUCUGGCUCAGUACUUCAUGGGGAACACCACUUUGACGUUGAACAAUUGUGGUGACUAUUAUUUCAUCUGCUCUGUUGGCAAGCAUUGCGAGGCAAGCCAAAAGCUUAAGAUCACUGUUACAUAA